UUGGAAGCAUUGAGACCAUUCGAAUUUUCAAAAUGGCAGCAUUGAAGAAGCGAAGCGUUGAAGAAAAUGUCGGUCACUUUUACUACGAUUGGGCGCAAGCGAAGUACAAAUGGACCGCCGAUGAUAUAAAGAAGAACCAGACCAAUAAAGUAAAUCUCAAUGAUCAUUUUCCCAAUGAGAACGCUAAGGUCCAAGCAAAGAAGAAUUUUGUUUGUGCACCUGUAGCCGAAGAAAUUCUUUCAAAAGGGUUUAAAGAAGAUGAUCCAAAGAAACCACUUCAAGAUAGAGAUAUCAACCAACCAAUAAGCGACGAGGCACCUCAAAAGCCAAUCAAGAUCAGUCAAAGUGAUUCUAGUAAUCAGAAUGAUCCUGCAAGAAAGUCCAGUGCACAAGGGAGCUCUGAUACCGACGAGACAAAUGAGAUUAGGAAGGGUCACUUAGCUAUGACAACAGUGUUAUCAUCUCGACUUCUGAAGCUUCGUGCAGCAGAAACUCUAUGGCAUAAGGACACAUCCAAUGGUUUUGUGGAGUAUAUAUUAAGGUUAAAAGAUGACUCUGUUCUGGUUGACGUCAUGCCACUUCUGACAAGCAGGGUCAAAGAGAAUGCCCCUGAGGAACACAGUUUAUCAAUGGGAGCAUGUUUAGAGAUGUUACCUGCUUUAGAAAGACUACUGGCAUCAAAAUAUGAAGAUUACAUUGUAGCUGCUCUCAACAUGAUGCGAGAGAUGAUCAAAAGAUGGUGGAACCAGCUAAAGGCAGCUUCAAGUAAAGACACUGACCCAGAGCAUUUCCGAUACAGCCGCAGUGUCAAUGGACUCUACAUGGCCAUGGUAUCUAUAUCAGUCAUUGUCGCCAGGCUCAAGAAACGUAGAGGAAUUGUAGGGCAGAAAGCACAGAUUGUGUCAAGACUAUUGGACUUGUUGUAAAGUCCUGGCCACCUCUGGGUUCUCAAGGCUGCCAAGAUAUUUUUGUUAUGACCCUUAGUUAUAAGAGGCAUAGCAUGUGUGAAUUUUACUGUAAAAUAGAUGAGUGUAAUAGGGUUAACAAUUUAUUUUUAUUGCUACAACUACUGUCUAACGCAUGGGGUAAAAUUUACUUGAUUAUCCGAAUGAUAUUUAUUUUACCACUUUGUAUAUAAUGUAAAUUCUAUACAAAUUAGAAUUGAAAUUAUGUAUAUAAAAUGUGUUGGUCUCCAAAAGAUUGAUUUUAGGCUUAAUAUAUUCUCUCAUUUCUAAAUAAAUGAAUCCUUAUUGUAUGUUUUUUUGUUGAUAAGGUUGUAAGUUUGUAAAAUAAAAUUAACAAUUUCUUGGAA